UGAAGGGAGGAGGAGGAGGAGGAGAGAGAGAGAGGGCGCGCGCGAAGGAGGCGGGGGCAGCCUCGGUCGUCGUCCGCCGUCGUCCAUUUUGUGGCUGUGGGGGGAAAGCCUUGGUAGAGAGCUGGGCGCAGACGGAGCGGCUGGAGAGAAGGGGGUGGGAGGGGAGGAAGGGAGAAGGGGGACGCCGGGUGCGAGGAGGAGUCCAGGGGGGAGAGAGGGAGCGUGUGACUGGAAUUAAUCGAGGUGCUUGAGAGAGAGAGUGUGUUUGGGGCCGAAGGGCAAGUGAAGGGUCUCUGGCACUCAGUGGGAAGGGAAGGGAAGGGAAGGAGGGGCGGCUGCCUGCUUCCCCCUCUCCCUGCUCCGCAGAGGGGCGUCUGCCUCCACCUCCGCCCCCCGGGCCCUCCUCUCCCAGCCCCGAGAGAGAGCCUCCUUCCCUCCCCGCCCCAGUUGUUUAUCCGCCGCCGCCGCCGCCGAAGGGUCCGCCAUGGAAGUGGGCGGCUAAAGGAGCCCCAGCGCCCCUCUGCAGACACGACAAUGGAACCCAAAGAGUCACUGAAGUCCUCAGGAGGGAAGGAAGCAGGAAAAAGUGCCCACUUCCGUGACAAAGGAGGUAUUGUGCUAGACUUCAAUCCAUCCUUGAGGGGUGGUGCUACUGUCAAGACUCCUGCAUCUACAUCUCCCCUGACUGUCUCUUCUGAGCCUGACUCCAUGCAACAACCUGUUCUGUGCGACUUGUCAAAGGGAUUAGGAAGCAAUGUGCCGCAGCCCGAUCUCUCUAAAGCAGUGUCACUAUCAAUGGGAUUGUAUAUGGGUGAAACAGAUUCAAAAGUGAUGGGAAACGAACUCGGAUUUCCUCAGAAGGGCCAAAUAAGUCUCUCUUCUGGAGAUACAGACUUUAGGCUCCUUGAAGAAAGCAUUGCAAGCUUGAAUAAGUCCUCUAGCCUGGCAGAAGGCUCAAAAGGUGCUGCAUCAACUGAUGCAUCCUUAGAUUCAGAAUUCCCAGGCAUGGCUAGUCGUGAUCUUACUUUAAAUCAAGGGGCUUUAGCACAAAGCCAGGUUGGCACAAAUGGUGGCAACUUGAAGCUGUUUUCUGAAGACCAAAGCACCUUUGAUAUUUUGCAGGAUUUUGAUUUGCCACCAGUGUCACCAGGAAAGGAAGCAAAUGGGAGUCCUUGGAGAAUAGACCCUGUACUGGAUGAAAGUAGUUUGCUUUCACCUCUCGGCGGAGAUGAGGGUUAUCUCCUGGAAGGAAAUGAAAUGGAGGACUGCAAACCUCCCAUUUUACCAGACACUAAGCCUAAAAUCAAUGAGAGCGGGGAUCUUUUGACCAGUUCUGCAAUGCAGAUGCCACAAGUGAAAACUGAGAAGGAAGAUUUUAUUGAACUGUGCACCCCUGGUGUAAUAAAGCAGGAAAAAAUUGGCACAAUCUAUUGUCAAGCUAAUUUCUCUGGGUCAAAUAUGCUAGGAAAUAAAACAUCUGCAAUUUCUGUUCAUGGUGUCAGCACUUCAGGAGGACAGAUCUAUCACUAUGACUUGAACACAGCAUCCGUAACUCAACAACAGGAUCAGAAACCAGUUUUCAAUGCCAUUCCAUCUCAUCCUGCUGGUUCAGAAAAUUGGAAUAGGUGCCAGGGAUCCGGGGAUGAUCUGACAUCAAUGGGGGUUUUGAAUUUUUCUGGCAGAUCUGUCUUCUCCAAUGGGUAUUCAAGCAAAGCAGAUCUUGCUUGCCUGAUCUUUGCAUGUUCAAGAGCAGUGGCAGGGCAGCACAAUUAUCUCUGUGCUGGAAGAAAUGAUUGCAUUAUUGACAAAAUUCGGAGAAAGAACUGCCCAGCUUGCCGCUACCGGAAAUGUCUUCAAGCUGGCAUGAAUCUGGAAGCACGGAAAACAAAGAAAAAAAUAAAAGGAAUGCAGCAAUCCAGCAUGACUGCAGGGAGAGACACUGCUGAAAAUCCUGCAAAUAAGGCUAUAGUUCCUGCCUCCCUGCCACAGCUAACUCCUACCCUGGUUUCCCUACUGGAAGUCAUCGAGCCAGAAGUGAUGUUUUCAGGCUAUGACAGCACAAUACCUGACACAACUUGGCGUAUAAUGUCAACUCUCAAUAUGCUAGGAGGAAGACAAGUUGUAGCUGCAGUGAAAUGGGCGAAGGCAAUACCAGGUUUCAGGAACUUGCAUUUGGAUGACCAAAUGACCCUUCUGCAGUAUUCAUGGAUGUUUCUGAUGGCUUUUGCUCUUGGAUGGAGAUCAUAUAAACAAUCUAAUGGAAGUCUGCUUUGUUUUGCACCAGAUUUGAUAAUUAAUGAGCAGAGAAUGAAUUUACCGUGCAUGUAUGAACAAUGCAAACGUUUGCUGGUAGUUACUAAUGAGCUGGCACGGCUUCAAGUUUCAUAUGAAGAAUACCUCUGCAUGAAAACUUUGUUGCUUCUCUCUACAAUUCCCAAGGAAGGCUUGAGGAGUCAGACCUUGUUUGAUGAAAUUCGUAUGACCUACAUCAAAGAGUUGGGGAAAGCCAUAGUGAAGAGAGAAGGGAACUCCAGCCAGAACUGGCAGCGAUUUUAUCAACUGACAAAACUCUUGGAUUCCAUGCAUGAUGUGGUUGAGAAUCUUCUAAGCUUCUGCUUCCAAACGUUUUUGGAUAAAUCCAUGAGUAUUGAGUUUCCAGAAAUGUUGGCAGAAAUCAUCAGCAAUCAGUUACCAAAAUAUUCAAAUGGGAAUAUCAAGAAACUCUUAUUUCAUCAGAAGUGACUGCCUUAAUACAGAUAGAUUGCCUUAAGAAAAAAAAGUCAAACUAUAGCUUCUUUUUUAUAUAAACUAAAAGACUUGUUAAUUUGUCCUUGCAAUUAUAUUGGGUGUUCUUGUUUUUGUUUUGUAAUUAUGCACUACAUGUGGUUUACAGAGGGCCAAGACCUAGGUUUCAGAAGCGGAUGCCUCAAACUGAAUGAUUACAGGAAGAAGGAAAGGAAAUAUGGCUUGGGAUUUUUCCUCCACAUAUACCAUCGUAUUGGCAGUAUAGGAUGCACCAAAAACAGUGGUGUCAAGUUCAGAAUCCUCAUUGUCAACAUUCUGCUAGGAAUUUCUGUAGUUGGCUGGAUUUUUUUUUUUAAUAGGUUUUUGUUUUGGUAUAGAUUUUUUGUAUAGUUAAGGUAGCAUUUUUUGAUUUAUGCAUGUAACAUGAAGAAAGUUUACAACUGUAUAUCAGAAAAGGGAAGUUGUGCCUUUUAUAGCUAUUACUGUCUGGUUUUAGCAAUUUCCUUUAACUUUAUAUACAGUGAAGCUUGCUCAUUUUUUCUUACAUAAUUUUUGUAAAACUUCAAGAUGCCUAUUGUACAGCUGUUUUUUAAAAGUGGGGCAGCUCAUAGCUUAAUGACCUCUAGAUAUUAAUCCUUAAGUAUACUCAUAUACUAUAGGUCGGCUUUUCUAAUCUGAUGCAGACAGUCAUAGUAACUCUCCUAAAUUUGGCCUAUAAAUUCAGCCUUCUUCAGUGCAGGAUAGGGAUUGAAACGUAUUCCAAAUGUAAUCUGAAUACUGGAACUGCUUAGUUUUGAUAUCGGUCAAACAUGUUUUAUGAGCUAUUAGAAAACUAGCUCUGUCUUAAAUAGGUGUGUGAACACAAACCUUUUUUAAAAAAAGAAAAGCAGCCUACAUAUUUGCAUUUAAUGCAAUAGCCAUAAUUCUAAGAAUUGUAGGCUGAGUUGAUGCUAAAAAGAUCAGUCUGGACUGCCCAUCAGGAAACCUUCAGGAAAAUAUGCAUAAUUGUUUAAAAGUUUACUUCUAAAUGGAGAAAUUAACAUUUUUCCAUACUCAGUUUAUUGCCAUAUAAGUGUAUACUUUUCUGUGUAUUGAGUGUAUAUUAUAUAUACAGUGCCACAAUCCAGAUAGCUGUAGUGUGCAGAACAAAAAUGAUGUGCACAGAAAUUGGCAUAUCUAAACUGUUUUCCUUGCACGUACAUAAGAAGCAGAAAAUCUGCUCUUUUUAAAAAAUAUUAGGAGAACUAUAUUGGUAACCAAUUCAUAUUUUUCACAGCAAAGUGCAAAGUUGCCUCUAUGGGGUUCUCAGAAUUACUGGAUUACAGCCAGUGGCCAAAUUCCAGAGAAGUCUCCUCUCUCCUCCAGGAUGUGAUCCGUACCACCAGCUCUGACCAUCUAUUAGGAAGGGGUUGGGGACACUUGGACUGGCUUAGAGCAGAUAGUGCUCAUCAUCUGUUGAGUAGUGCAUGCUCAGUGCAAAUGGCUCUUGGACAUAAUGAUUUAACACAGCUUUUUGUACUUCCAUAAAAUGGAUCAAGUAUCAGAAGCCAGUUUCUGCUUACAAAUCACUCGCUGGAUUGGGGCAAACGUGUACAAUCCUGACUUUAUUCUAAGUUGAUAGCUACAUUUCUAUUGACUUUAAUGGCCAGGAACUACAUAUAUAUAUAUAUAUAUACACACACACACAUACACGCACACACAAACAUAUAUAUAUAUAUAUAUAUAUGUACAUGUAUACAUACUUUAUAUAUAAAUACAUAUAUAUAAAUAACAUUGAUUUACAAAAUAGUUGUAAUUAUGCCCGACAUGUAUUAUGUUUAUAAAGAUUCUUGGGAAAAACAAGAUUUUUACCUUUAUGCAGACAAGAAAAUAGACCAAAUUACAAGGAAAAAACAACAACCUUUUUUGGAGAAAAUAAAGGUCCCAGACCUAUGUAUGGCUACACACCCAUUUUUACUUUUGUUACCACCUAAAUGAAAUCUGCCUUGUUUCCUAGAGAACAUGAAGAUUCCGCUACUGAUUUUGUGGCUUAGAGUAGAACUUUGUCUCUGUAUAGCUCCAACCCUUCUGUAUCAAACUACUAGUGUGCCAUAAAACAACCAUGUAUGUCCUGUGAAUUUUUCCUUGUUAUCAUUGAUUUAUAUUUUAAACAAUUUGUAAGCUGUAAUAGCCCAUCCUCUGAGCACUUACGAAUGAAAAUUCAAAGCGUAAUGCCAUUCUAAAGGAAGGAAAAAAAGAAUGCAUUUGUUCUAAGUGGCGUAAAUAUUUCUGGCAGGGGGUGGGAAUACAGGGUUUAAUUACCUAACAAAAAUUAACAAGCAAAACACAUUGUGAUGCUACUAAUAUAUUUUUAUCUAAUUGUACUUUCAAUAUUUUUAAUUUGGUAGCGAUGUUUGAAUAAAAAAAGGAAGGGCUACUACAGCUUUUAAAGCAGUUUAUCAGAUUAUUGUAAAAUAGCUUGUAUAGUGUAUCAUAAGAACGGUUUUUAGAUGACAGAUUGCUUUAUCAUGACGUGAUAUAUUUUUUCUAGGGGUCACAAAUGUGUUGAAUGGUAACCCAUACAAAUUGUGGUUCGUCUGGAAGUAUUAAUCCUAGCAGCAUUGUUCUAAAGUUUCUAAAAUGGUACUCUGUUGUUUAUGUUGGUGGUGGUGGUGUUUUCUGUUUCUUUCCUUUUUCAUUUUGGGUUUUUGUUUUGUUUGUUUUGUUUUAGAGGCACUUACUCAUAUCUGGUGAGAGUUCCUGGGGCUGAAAUCUAAAUCCGUUUAACCGCUGUAAGGAAAAUCCAGCCUGUGUGCUUGGUCCCCUCACAUUCCAGGACUAAGCCUGCAGCAACUGUGCAGGUUUAUUGGAAGACCCACCUACACACACUGCAAAAAAUCCCAUAAUGGACGUAGUGUGUGUAUGUACACAUUUGCCUAUAUGCUCACACUACCUGGGGUUACUUUCACGCAUAGCCUCACAGAGCACAGCAAAACAGCUAAACAAAUUUGGCAAUAAAUGCAUACAGGUACCAGCAAUAUGUAAAUAAUAGAGCAUAGUUUGAUCACAGUCUACUAAAUAAAUUUCUAAUUCAACAAAAAUAUUCCUAGUUAAAAAUAGGAAUUUUAUUUGAGCUAUUUUUUAUUUUAUUUUUUUAUUUUUAUUUUUUUAUUUUUUUGGUCUUUUCUUAAUCCUCGUUUUAAACGUUAGGCAUAUAAAUGAGAACCACCCCCCAGCUGUUAUAGCCAAUAUUUGGGCAUAAAAUAACACAUUUUAAUAACAGUAAUCAUUCUUGUUUGUGGUUUCUGUGCACUCCCACAAUGAAGUGCUGCACCUGUGCACUGCAUCUUAGGAACUUCCUAGAGCACUAGUCGAAAAUGUUGGCACUCCUGCACUUCCUUCUGGCCAGAGGCAAGCCUCUCUGUAUAUGCCUUGUUGGGAAAGAGAAGAACAUGCACCUGUUUCCCACACAUUUCUCUUGCUACCAUAGAGAAGCAGCCUUGUUGGGGGUGUUUUGUGUAUUGUUCUGUGAGCUUUUUCCUUAGGAGUGCCAGCUUCCUGACUAGAGCUCUAGAAGCCAUAGAGCACAGUUGUGUUAUUGCAUAGAUGACCACUUAAAGAACACCCAGAAACAGGUAAGCAACCUGUCUUUCUUCUUGAAUAAGCUCUUAAAAGUAUGUAUGCUUAACAGUUUAUCUAAGCUUUGGAGAGUAUUUUAACAGUAGUUUGCAAACUGUUGGGAUAAAAAUGUGUAAUCCGCCUGUUUUUAGCUAAUGCUAACAGACCCAAGUAUUUGGUUUCCAAAAAAUAAAAAAGUCCUGAAAAUAUAACGCAUGAGGAAAAUUUGGAACGUUCCACUUGGGAAGUGAUGUGUAUUAAGCUUUUGAAUACUUGAUACCAAGCUUACAAAAGCUAGUAGUGUGCACUUUGACACAUGUAUGUGUAUUUGUUUACCAACACAAGAGAGAUGUACAGAAAUCAGUACUAUGACUACAUUCAUACAAGUAUUUAGUGGUGGGAAAGAGGCUCUAAUUCUUUGGUUUUAUGUAUUUGUUCAGUUUAUGAACUUUCUUUUUUUAAAAAAAAUAUGUAAAUGCUGAUUCCGGAAGAGAACUUAAAAAUUUUAAUGUGCUGUUAAGGAUUUUAACACAAGCCAUCUAAAAGUACAUAAGCAUUCAGCAAAAUGUGUUUCUUGUCUGGCUAGUCUUUUUCAUGCUGGGAGAAAUCAGCACUUCAAAUAAAGCAGGGAAAAUUCUGACUUCUGUCUCUUCAGUGCCUUGCCACAUCAUGCUGACAUGGAAGUGAUUUGGAUAGCCCCAGAUAUGCAUGCUAUACGCUAUAAUUGCACAUGACAAUUAAUAGGAAUAGUUGUUCUUAGGAUAUGUUAGGGCAUGCAGUUGGAGAGGAGAAAUUUUAUGGCUCCUGUACCAGUAAUCAAGGAUGAGAGCCUUAGGCUAUAAACCUGAGCAUACCUAUUUAUGAGAUAAACCAGAUUCAGAUCUGUGAGACUGAUGUGCUUACCAUUGGUUUGCAAAUCUUGCCAGCCAGAGUAAACCAAAAAUCCAGUAUUAAAUUAUCUUGAAAACAGCAGAGAAGUACAAAGUACACACAAGUCUAGAAACAAGUGCCAACCUACCUUUUAAAGAUGCAGCCUCUUAGCUUUCCAACAUAGCUACAUACUACAUAACUACAAAAGAGUAUAAGACAGGGAGUGAAGAAAUGAGGACUAAGGGUAGCCCUCUUUGCCAUACACCUUAACAUGAUUGAUUGCAAAUAUCCAGGAGCAUCAGAUUCAUAGACUAGGCAAUCAAGUCUUCAUUUUUUUUUUUCAGCAUGCAGAAAGUUGUUGGUAUGUUAAUUACACGCAGUGAUGUGGUGUGUAUUCUGAUAAGGAUUAUGAAAAAACUUAACCAUCUUACACUUAUAAAAAACAAAAAGAAACCAUCCUUUAAUAAUAUAGAAUGUUCAAGCAGAUAACCAUCCACCCCCAGUUUUUUUUUUUAAGAGUCUGACAUCCUUUAAUAGUAAAUAUAGCCACCCACAAAGGACACUUGUUUUACCCAGAGGGAUACUAUCAAACGGGGUCUGGAUGUCUGUAAUUCCUGAAAAUCUAACUGAACCCUCCAGAAGAAUUGGAGAAAAGGGGGUGCUCCAGGAGGUGUAUCCUGUUUGGAGGUGGGCUGUUACUAUUCCGAAGCAAAGUUAAAGUGAAUCCAAAGAUUUCCUCCUACUUGCAUAGACAGUGUCCUGAGAAACUCCUACAGAAUCUACCACUAUAUCAAUACUUCCUCUCUUGUAAGCUGCAGAACUGCAUUCCACUCCCAAUUCUUAAGACCUGCCUAAAUUAUAAUGGAGACUAUUUUAGGAGUGUUUAAUGCCUCCUAAUUGUUGAGCUUUCUUGAGUACUGUAUGCAGUUUCCAUCAUUUUUAUGCCCCCACCCCAUGUCAGUUCAGUGAGUUCUUUAAAAAUCAGAUACGCACAAAUGGAGGGGCUGUGAAACAUUUCAGUGUAAUAGGAACCCAAUAUUCUGGUGCUGUAGCCUAUAUUUCAGAGGAAGGAACUGGCAAAACCACCUCUGAGUAUUCCUUGCCUUAGAAAACCCAAUGGGGUUGCCAUAAGUUGGCAUGUGACUUGGAUGGCACACACACACAUUUUAGGAAAGUGCGUUAUGGGGAGGAAGUGGGGCAAAUCAUGGGGGGAGAAUAACACUUCUUCUUUGUGAUUUAAACAAAUGGGUCUGAUCUGCACCUGGCUAGAGUAGCAGCACAGAUCAGGCCAAUUUGUAUCAGUUUACAGAUGAAAAAGAACCGCAGUUACAGGUGUGCAACCUGUUCUUUCUUAAUAGCCUUUGUGGUAGGUUAUGACCCAAGUGUAGGAGGUGUGAAUAAAACAAUUAUGAAAAUGGGUGGCAAGGCCCUGGUGUUUGAGCCACUUUAACUUAAAAAGUAUGUGCUUAAGUACUUUGUAGAAAGGGACCAGAUUUCUCAGCCUCUUUCAGAACUAACCUCAUCCACUACCUGGUCCAUAUUGAAAUCAAUUUGGCUGUUGCUAUGGAUGUACUGAGAUUUUUUUUUACGCUACUGCUGUUUCAUAACAACAAUACUUUCAGGCAACAAAUGAAGCAUCAUAUUAGUGGAAAACAUACAAGGACCCCUUUUGAAGGUUUAUUUUCUGGUUUGAGAAAAAGUAUGAAAAUAGCCAUUUUGCACCACCAAACAAGCUUUAAUAGCACGGAUUCAGUAGUGUGUCAACAUUCUAUUUUGUAUAUUCUCCAAAAGAUAUAUAAUGGGGACAAAUACUAUAUUAUGCUGGUAUAUGGCAUUAUUAAAAAGCUUUUUUCAUUAUUUUUAUCACAGUAAUUUUAAAACAGUGUAAAAAAUUAAAACAAGUGACUCCUGUUUAAAAAUAAAAAUUGUAGUUUUUUAUUCAUGCCGAAUAAGUCUGUAGUAACUGUCUUUUCACCUCCUCAGUGAAAUGUUGGACUGUAAAAUCUUGUGUGGAACUGUUGAGCGUUUUUUUUUUCCUUUUAAAUUUUGCUGUUCUAGUAAAUUCAAAGCCACACAUCUGUACAGAAGUUGCAGUAAAUGUAUGCCAUUUACAGCAAUGCUAAAUAAUGGACAAAAUGACAUAAUAAACAUCUGCUUUUUCAUUA